AUGAGUUGGCUUGGAGAACUAUUGGAGCAGAACAGUUCCGAUCCGCGUGAACGCCUGGAAUUGGGGCAACAAUUACUCUCGCAACUACAAAUUUCACGACUGCCAUCCGAUUCGACACUUCUGAAUGAUUUCUGCGAUCUAGUGGUGCAGUGGUUAUCCGGAUCUAACUAUAAGGUAGCUUUAUUGGCAGUGGAGAUAAUUGAUGUAGCAAUCGAGGUAUCCGGCGAUGUGGUCUCGCCGUAUCUCAUGGAUCGAGCAACCGCUCUGGUGGAGCGUCUUGGCGAUUCGAAGCAGAGCGUACGCGAAGCUAUGGUACAACUAAUUGCUGCGCUCGCAAAUACACCACACUGCAGCCCACAGGUAUUGUACAUGAGUUCCGACAUUGCUUUUCAAUUUAUUUCAGUAAAAACAGGGCAGCUGCUUGCCAUGAAUUUGCUCGGCAAAUGA